AUGGCGGCCGAUCCGCCAACGCUGCCCACGAAGUUCCCCUGUUGGUGCCGCGCAGUAUAUUCCUGGGGUGGAGAGUCGAAACGAGACCUAGGCUUUGUCGAGGGGGAUUUGAUUGAAUGUCUGAAUGCUGGCGAUGGAUCAUGGUGGAUGGGACGCCUACGACGUGAUAAACGCAUGAUGGGCCUCUUCCCUUCAAACUUCGUCACCGUUCUUGGAGAGGAUUUCGUUCCUGUUCAUCGAUCUACUACCGAUGCAGUGGCCCGAGCUGAUAGCGAUGCAUCGGCUACCCCAAAGAAGCAACAGACCGUCUUCAGGAAGCCGUUCCAGGCGCACAAAAAAGCCAUCGCACCUGGCGAGGCAAAUCGCAGAGCCAGGGAAAGACUAUCAGAAACUCCAUCUAAUCCUCCCUCAAGAGAAAAUACACCUCCCCGGCCAAGUAUUCCCCUUCGACAACCACGAACCCCCACCACCGCGAUUCGUACAAGAAGCUCGCUCGCCAAAGCACCUCCACACCCAGUAUCUCCGUCUCCUCAAGAACACAAGCGUACGCCGUCGCCGGUGCCAGCACCACCGCCACCACCUCAAAGCAAUGGCCAUCCUUCCCGGUCACCGUCGUAUACUUCACCUCAGCCACGGUCAAUGUCUCCCCUACCAGCACGAUUCGCCCCCCCUCCCCCUCCGCCUCCUCAUCGAGUAGCUGUGAAUAGCCAAUCGCGCCGUAAGAGCAUUGGUCUGCCUGCGCCAAUUGACAUGAACGAUCGUUACGCUAUUUUUUCAAAACCUCCUUCUCCAGCUGUUCCUUCCCCUGAUGACCACUCACUUAACCCAUCACCUGGUCACUCGCCAGGAGGACACUCGUCGGUUGGUCACGGCAAUACUCCAUCCCCUCUACGGGAUGCCAUGGAGGACGUGAUGACCUCUCUGCAGGAUAUGGGACUUCCUCGCGGGGCUCCAUCUCCGUCUCCGACACCUCAGUUAACGAAUCCUUGGUCACCAGACGAAUACAACAUUAUUGGAGUAGCGAGCCCACGACCGCGACCAGGUCGCGCCAGAGCGAAUACAUCCUUGGGAUUCGGCGCUGGCAAUGAACAAGAACUCGACAUCGAUGACAACUACGAUGGCCAGCAGUAUAGUUCAUAUCAACGCUCAAAUAGCCCCCCUCAAUUUAACAAUUAUGUCCAGAGGAUGGAAAGUCGACUUAGGCAACUUCAUGAACAGGAUAAUUCUGGUUCUGACCGAUUACUACAGGACAACGAAGAUGAUAUUGGCCCACCCCCUCCACCGAAACAACCAGCAUACCACUCUCGACGUGACUCCGUACCGACCGCACGUACUCAUUUGUUGAGAGGUCGUAAAUCAGCCGCAGAAUUGGGAAAACAAUUCUUAAGUCGCACUAUGACGAAUAAAUCAAGUGCGACGAAUUCGUCAAGUGGCGUGCAAAGUGUUAGCACUAAUGAAACAAUAAGUACCAACACCAGUGUCAGCUUAAUGAGUGGAACAUCGGCUGGAGCGUUCAGUGCAACUAGUGCAGGGAGCUUCGUACGGCAUGGGAAAUGGGGCAGUGUCUCGGCUGAACGACCUGGUACAGCAAUAGAUGGUCUGCAUAAAGGUGCUUUCACGGAUUUGGAAAGAUCGCAGACACCGGUGAGUGGCAUCUCAUAUCAUUCCAGUCACAAUACCUCAAGACAAGGAGCGCAGUCAGCUGUGCCUUGGUCACCUGGCAAAGACAUCGGUGACUCACCAGGGGUCUUUGGAGGUUUUGCUACUCCUAAAGUCAAGAAAAGUGGUUUCCUCAAAAGAUUCCUGGAGUCUGCCAAGACUGGUGCUGCCAAUGCUAGAAGCAGCAUCUAUGUGGCCCAAAGUGGAGGAUCUCCCUCGCCUACGAAAAACCGACUCACCCAAUCAUUCAAUAUGUCGCAAAAUUCAGAAAGCGAAACGUCCAGAGAUAUGGCACUUGGAGGCAGUGGCUCCGUCGACUGGGUACAGGUACGACGAGAUGUCAAUCGCGCAAGCACUCCAAGCCGCAACGAGCGUGUUGAACGUGCCGAAAGAUGUCAGAUGAUGGACCAUCCGGUCAUUUACGCUGUGGAAGAACUUCACGAAACAGCCGAGGGCGAUGAAACAAUCGAUGGACUUCCUCUCAGUGAGCCGACAAAUUGGGGGGCUCUCAAUUUAGGGCUUGUUGACAAAAGUGCCCGCUUCAUAAGCAGCCUACCACCCAUGACUAAUCCGGCAAGUCUAGCACAAGGCUAUGUCUGCAGACCAUACAAGAGUGAUGUACAACGCCUACGAGCGAUUUUCAUCUGGGUGAGCGAAAAGAUAUCCUGGGAUGAGCCUGUGGACGAAGAUGAAUUGGACUUAAGGAGGGUGAUCAAUAUGAAACGUGGGAGUCCACGAGAAGUUGCCUACCUGGUUAAGGAAAUGUGUGCAGCUGUAGGCCUGCAUGCCGAUGCCAUCAAGGGCUACCUAAAAACUCCCGGAGAGCUCUUCGAUCUAGGCGCCUUGUCGAGACCUAACCACUGGUGGAAUGCUGUAUUGAUUGAUGGCGAAUGGAGGAUCAUGGAUUGUUCCUUGGCAAACCCAACAAACCCACGACGAAACCAGUUAGUCACAACGAAUUCCCAACAUGCUGAAAGCUGGUAUUUUCUCGCUCGGCCACUUGAGAUCUGUUACACACAUAUACCUCUUCACCCUGAGGAACAGCACAUCUGCCCUCCCAUUUCUCCAGACGUGCUACUCGCUCUUCCCGCAGCAAGUCCAGCUUUCUUCAAAAAUUCCCUACAUAUGCCAGAUUAUGAUACAAGUUUUGUCCGUAUUGAAGGUUUGGAAGUCAUGCAGUUGCGAAUAUUGGUUCCUCCCGACGUGGAAUGUGCUGCCGAGGUUGAAGUUCCGUCUUUUAGCCGCGACGCUGAUGGGGAUUGGUUUGAAAGUGGUGACACUGUGCGCAAACGCGCACUCGCCCAGCCGGACUGGAUACAUGGCCAAAAACGCUUUACCAUCAAAGCCGUUCUCCCCGGUGAUGAAGGACAGGGCGUACUUAGGAUCUAUGCUGGCAAGAAAGGACUGAUGCACUCAAUAAGGGAUAUUCCACAUCCCCUCGCGGCAGCUUUACCCAUUAUUCAUAUGGGAGAAAAUCCCCCAUAUGAAUUUUUACUUCGACACCCAACACCGCAUGCACAGCGUCACGACAUCUAUGUUAUUCAGCCCCAGUGUGGGAAAUUGGCGAUCAACAAUACCUUUGUUUUUGCUGUCCGUCAACACCCUGCAGCUUCAUUGACUAAGUCAAGCAGCGGUGAUAUAACUGGAGGACGAGCAUCUCCGAUUGCGAUACGCCCAUCGAGUGCGUUGAGCAUGGUAUCAAGUAGCUACGGAGGUUCUGUGGCCUCAACCACGUCUCUCGACGGAUUUACGGCCAACACAUCUGUCGUUUCGUCCACAAAGUCAGGUUCCAGUCGCGAUAAGCCGGCUAAGCUAGCAAUCCAAUCUCCAUCAGGCAAAAUUCUACGCCUAAUGCGCAAGGCAGAUCACAUGGUUAGCGCAAGCAAUAAUUCUGACUCUUUAACGGAGGGUACUCCGGACGGUAGUGUGUGGGAAACAGUCAUAAAAAUCGGGGAACGGGGCGUUUGGCGAGGACUCGUUUUGGCGGAUCGCAGCGCGCGCUGGUGCGUAUUUUGUGAGUGGGAGUGUCAUUAA